AUGAAUACCAGCGCCUCAUCCACCACAGAUAUAAUAUUCAAUCUGGACGUCCCUUAUACCGUUGCGGAGACAGUGAUUGCCGCUGCAGCCGCUUUAGGAAACAUACUGGUGUGUGUCGCGGUCACACAAGACAGGAAGCUGUGGACGGUGACUAACUACUUCCUGGUGUCUCUGUCGGUGGCAGACGUGUGUGUGGGAGCCUUUGCUAUACCUUGCGCCAUUCUGACGGCUGUAGGCAUCCCGCGAUACAACCUGGAGGUCUGCCUGCUGAUGCUCUCCAAUCUGAUCAUGUUGACCAUGAGCUCCACCUUCAGCCUCCUGGCCAUCUCCGUGGACCGCUACAUCGCUAUCCUAAACCCUCUGCGCUACAAGAGCAUAAUGACCCCCACAAACUCGUUCAUCCUGAUCGUAGCAGCCUGGAUCGUUGCGUUUCUCAGUGGUCUGAUGCCACUGAUGGGAUGGCACAAGCCGCCACCACCACACGGCUACUGCAUCUUUGUGCAUGUCAUCGAUAUGACCUACCUGGUGUAUUUCUUCUCCUUUGUCUUCUUCUACUUGCCCCUGGUCAUCAUGUUCAUCAUCUACACCAUGAUCUACUCUGCAGUGAAAAGACAGCUGCAGGGCAUGGUGGGUAAACACGGAGCAGGGAUGAAGGAGUUAAAAACGGCCACCUCCCUCUUUACAAUUAUCUUCUUCUUCAUGUUGUGCUGGGCUCCUCUGCACGUCAUGAACGGAGUAAGCCUGCUCUGCCCACAAUGCUACAUCCCGCCCAUCAUCCUGCAGACUGGCAUCAUACUCACCCACGCCAACUCCGCCCUAAACCCCAUCAUGUACGUGUACAAGCUGAAGUCCUUCAGGAACACCUUCAAGAGAGUCUUCUUGUGCAGAGGUGCAGUCACACCGGCUGCAUGGACAGAUAAAACCUCUGUUGCUCAUUUGCAUUAA